AUGGCGCCGAUCCUUGGGUCGGUGCCGCAAGUUUUACGGUAAAAAUCUUUCACUUUACGUUCGCAUUAUUGAAGUAGUUAUAUUUUCAAAGAAUUUUUGUUUAUGUUUGAUCCUUUUCUUAUUGUAAAUAUAUUCAACAGGCAAGCAGAAACGUUGAAAGCCGCUUUAAAGAGUGAGUUGUUUGUUUAAGUUAAUAGUACAAAUUUAAGCUUAGUCUCAGCUUUAAAAGCUGAAAUUGUUUCUUGUAUGUUAUAUUCUGUUUUGCCUUUUUUAAGAAACGGAAAAUAAGGCCACGGUAUCUCAACUGCUUGUUUCUUUUGGUUGAAGCCGUUUUUUGAUGGCAUUGAAAAGAUCUUAAACUUUGGCGCUGUAAAUUUAUGCAGCGCUAACCUUACAAUCUUGUAUAACCGGUUAAUAUUAAUAAUCUGCUUUAUUUUGCUUCUAUGCGUCUACUUCUCACCUUCAAAAAAUAGGAUGUGACAUUUAAGUGCACCCUUUUGCUAUAAACGGGAAACCAAAACACUCAGUCGCUUCUGAACCAUGUUUCUGGCUGAUAGAUCUUCGAGCUUCAGUGAUGAGAUAACCGUUUGAUUUGUUGUCUGUGACUAUCUAUUAUAGACCUGGGCCCAGUUGUGCUAAAGGUGGAUAGUGCUAUCUACUGGAUAAAUUACUAUCCAGUGGAUAACGCAAUUAGAUUUCAUAAUACUUAUCCAUCAGAUAGCGAUUUAUACAGUGGAUAGUGCUAUCCAACUUUUUAACAACCAGGGCCUGGUGAUACAAAAAUGCAACUAAAGAAAUAACAUCAGUUUUACUUCCAGUUAAUCUUUGGUAUAAAUUUGUGUCAGAUCAAGUUUCCUCCAAAAUGUUGACUCUCCUACAUCUUCAGUUUUCGCAGCCUUGAUAAAACCUGGAUCAGUUCAACCCCCGUAACCCAGGGUGGCGUAGGGGGAGUUGUGGUCGCUUCGCCUGAAGACGAUUCGCCCGAGGGUGUUGCCAGGACACCAGUCUGUUCACCCUAUGAUAUACAACACUCUACAACAUGGUGAACAUACCUUUCAAGAGGUUAUUUUAGUUACCCUUAGAUUCCACAUAUGCAGUCACUGUCUUUCCAUGGUUAUUCCCUUUUUUCAGGCUUAAAGAAUGACAAUUGAAUGUUUCGGGUGAAUUCACUUAGUCUGGGUGGACUGCUAUCAGGUGAACCGACCUUUGGGUGAAACGACCUGAUACACCAACGGGUAACUGGGGUUUUCCGUGAUGCGUGAUGGGUCCCAAAUUAUCAGCAUGAUGCGUGAUUGGGUGGAGAUUAGCCAUGUGAGGUGUGAUUGGGCAUAGCUGGGUUGUGUGUGAUUUACUAUUUUCACAACUUGACAUGAGAUUUUCCUUUUAGAUAUCCGUGCUUCGUGAAUAUCGUUUAAAACUAGAAUCAUAGACAUUUAACACAGAUAUUCAUGACAUCAUUUUCUGGUCAUUUUUCUUGUUCCUCAUCCUCUAAUCUUUUGUCAAAAUCGUAUUUAUGACCUAUGUUCUCAGAUCAGUAAAUACUGGUUAAUAUGGUUAAUGUUUGAAUAACACCGCAUUUCAGAGAACCAAUAAUUAAUUGUUAACAUGCGAUCCUACCCAAAAAGGAUGCUGAAAACAAUUUAUUAGAGCUGACUCAUUCAAUGGGUUGAGAUAUUGCCAUGUAAACUCACUGCAAGUGCACCUCAUUGACAUGAUGCGUGAUGGCUAAUUUUUUCCCCUAUGCUUGAUAAAUGCCCCACUUUGCCACCCUGAUAACCCUUGGAUCCCUAACAAACUGUGAUUCAAAAAGUAACAGGGGCUGAUUUAUCAAGGAUUUGUUGAUUCUCUGGAAAUUUUGUUCAUGAUAUACCUGGUGAAAGCUGUAACCAAAGUGCAGAAUACUGGAACCAGCUUUUGCAGGCACAUUUUAAGAACAAGGAAUACAUAUACAUGACCAACUUUGCCAGAUUUUCUGGGAGUAUCCUGGAUACCGAACCAAUCUCCCACUUUACUGUGUGGGUCACCCCGAACCUCCUCGAUAAAGUAGACUUUUGAGCUUUUAGGUGCUUUAGUUUGGAAUUUAGCACAGUUUUUUUUCCUUUUUUUUGUUCUCGGUAUGGUUUUGUCUUAUGUGCCUGAUUUUACGAAAAGUUUAUUGAUCAAAAUGUCAAUAAGUGGGUGGCCAAGUUUAUUAAAAUCACUCUGUUGUCUUUAAUAUUCCUCCUAGGUAAUGUUAAUGAUUUCACUGUUGGUAGUGAAGGAUGGCAAUCGAGACAAAGGUGAGAGCUAUUAAAUUUUUUGUCGGAUAACAACACAAUCAUUGGUGUACAAUGUAUACCUUAUUUAAUAAAGGAAACUUCAGGCAUUGGGAAUUUUAUUGGAAUUGCAUUGGAAAGCUAUUGUUUACUAGUCGCUCAAGCAAAUCAUUUGCAUUGAGUUCCGUAUGUACAAAUGCCCAAUCAGUGUUCUCCCCAGUUAUUUCAGGUCAGGCAGGCCGCCUGGCUUAAAACUGAAGAAACCUUAUGCAGUUAAACGUGUGGAACUGGGAUCCUGUCCAUAAGUAAAGAAAAAAACACUCAAUACAGAUAUUGGAACAUUGCCUAGUGUUUUUUCAUUGUUUUUUCUCGCAGUUGAUAAGGUAUUAGCUCAUUUACCCUUCCAUGAAAUCUGUCGCAAUAUUGUCCGCUUUUUUCGUUCAACGGCACGGUUAGCCAUAAAUUCAAGGACACUUUAAGGGAUAUUACAUGAAAUACUAAACUAAAUUCCCAUGUGCGUGGAAGGUUGUCCAAAAAUGACUGCGGAAUAGACUGAGCAACAAGAUUUUGAAUAGAUUAGGAUUUUGUCAGAAUGCUGCAUGGCCUUCCCAAGAUCCUUGGGAGAACACUGCCAAUGGCCAAUUGCUAAUUCCCAAAGGCUAUAAAAGCAACCUUUAUUGAAUCAGCUAUAUUUUGUAAGGAGUGUGAGCAAUACAGGUGCGAAUGUAGGAUAAAUACUGAGACGGACCAAUUUCCUUAAUGAGCGCCAAAGACGCAGGCCUAUACGGGGAUCCAGGGGCAUGCUCCAUUGGGAAAUUUUUUGGAUUUUAACUCCUAAAGCACCCCUUUCCUGGGUCUCUGAGUCAUUCAGACAGGAUAUUGGCCAGUUGGAUUCUCUUCCAAUGAAGCUUUGAAAGUGAUUUUCCAGAUGAAAGUCUCAUAGUGUGCCUAAUGCCUGGAAAAUAGAAAAAAGACACAUUUGUCCAAACCAUUUUCCAGAGACCCUUUUUUUUCUAAUAAAAAUUAAUAUAUUUAUGAGGGAAAAUCUGACCAAUUUCCUUAACAUGGUGCAACCGGUGAGGAUCUUUGCCUGCAAUUAAAUUAAUAAUUUCAGAUGAUAAACAUGCCACAUGAGAACAUAAAUUUUACAAGGAAAAGAUAAGGUUUCAUAAGCCUUUAACAUGUACAAUUGCACCUAUCCACAAAGCUACUUUAAAUGGGGACAGAGUAAAGUGGCCGUGCCUGCAUUUUUAGAGAUUUUAAAAUUAUAUUGAAUGAAUCUACAAGUAGAAAAAAGUCUUGAAUGUCAUAGAGAGGUGUUUAUUAAUAGAGGUUUAACUAAAUUUUGAGAGACUUGUAAGUCUAGCAUUUUAAAUUGACAACAAUUUUUUAAUGUAUGACCAAAAUAAUGGUGUCUGGUUGUCUGGGAUACGCGAAAGUUGGCUGACUGGCAAAGGGGAAAAAAGAACACCUGAUACAUUUAUACAUCACAUGCCAUCUGCCACCCCCCAAUUGAGGUAUCUGUCAACAUUUGAGUUAUCUUGUCAGAUUUAACUGCAAAAUUCAAGCGGUUUGUAAAGGAAGUUGUGAAGGCAGCAAAUCGAGAUGUAUUUAUUUAUUUUCCAGGAGAGCGGCAUUUCUCUGUGCUUUGUUGACUUGAUUUUUUAAAUUAUAUCAUUUAUUUUUUAGCAUAAGCUAUAAAGCUUGCUGUUAAAAAAAUUCCUCCGUCAUCUCAUAGUUUAGAACUGUCUUGAAGAGAUGAAGGUGACAAAACCUAUCUAAUUGCAGCAGGAGUCAGAUGUGUUGUUUGUAGCCAAUCAGUACGUGGAUCAGAAGGGUCUUUAGUUUUUCGACCAAUCAGACAAAAGUCCAGAUUCGGGACUACGGGCAGGCAACGCAUAAAGUAAAUGUAUCGGGCGUCCUUUUCCUCUCGUCUCCCAAACAAAAAGGGAAGAAGGACCCCUGAUCGCAGAUUACUUUUCAGACUCAUUGGCUUGCUGGGGAAUGGUCCACCCAGGUCAUCCUCUAGUAAAUCAUACAUUGAGACAAGUACAAAACUACAGCAUACCAGGGAUGUAGCUAUGCCCCAGUAUACAUGUAUCUAGGGCAAGCAAAAUGUUGAAGCUACUUGUCCAAAAUUUUUUUUUUUAAAUUCAUUUGAUGAAUUAAUUUUUUUAAAUUUCAGAUUACAAGACUUGUACAAGAGCAUCCUUUUAACAGACCUAGAGUCUGCAUUGGACCAGAAGGUUGAACAAGACCUGUGAGUUUUUUUCAUUACUGUUUUAAAAUAAUAUUCCAAAAGUUAAGUGCUUAAUGGAUAUAUUGUAAUUUAUUUAUCCUUGGACUCUUUAAUUUAUCCUUGCCUUUAAUUCCACUAAAAAAAUACCCCAACCUUUAAACCUUUUUUUAAAAUAUUAAAUUGUUGACCCUCCCCCCCCUUCCCCAUAAAUGUUUGUCAGAUUGCAUAUCUAAACAAUAUUAUCCACUGGUAGAUAACCUAAAUCUGAAUUCAAAGAAAAUGUUGCAAUUGGGGAUUAAUCUUUUUUAUCUGUGCUUUUUUUUCAGGUGGAAUAGUGCUUUCAAAAGCCAAGUGGAUUUUCUAAGACAACAGGCCAAAGAACGAAAGGUGAACAGUAAAAAAAACCAUAAUUUUACUUGUACUCUGCUAUACACCCCUGAUAAAAUGGUAAAACAAUUUGGAUGCUCAAAAAUCCCUUGGUAAAUUCCAAAGAGGGAUAUGAAUUAUGCGAGUAAUGGUUAGAUUUUGCCCAUUCUGGUAGUCAGGCCCAGUUUUAAUUAUGCCUUAUGUGCAUUUUUAGUCCUAACCAACUCUGAGAGAAAAAAGGGUUUUGAUAUUUGUAAUGUUUGCUUGAAUGUAAUAAGAUUUGCAUGUGGAUAAGCUCUAUUCAGGCCCAAAUGAUUGAAAUAUUGGCUACUUAGUUUGAUUUGUAUCCUUUGUUCCAGAUGGGGUUUGAGAAGGUGGGUUAUACAGCAAACUAAUAAAUAAUGAAUUAAUUUUACAUCUUUAAUAUAAUUAUAACUUGUCCGGUAGGGCUCAAAAAAGGGGGAAGUCCAGGCCAUUUUGACCUUGUUUCUUGAGGCUGCCAGUGGCUUCUAUAUCCAGGUAUGUGCUCUAUUUCUCUUUAAGCUACUGUAAAACAGGCAAGAAAAACUUUCAACCUGCAAAACGAGUUGCAAAACUAUGUUGCGCUCUUCAACACCCAUGUUCAAACUUGUCUAGCAACAAAUCAAGUUUUUGUAAGUUGUGUGAAUACUGACUUUUGAAUGGAUAAAAUUAUGUGAAUGGCACACCAUACAGGGAAUUAUUUAUGUCAGUUGCUGCAAUGCAAGUUUACUUUGGUCUUGAAACGCACAACAUGUACUGCAGAUUUUAUGCAAAGAGGAGUUGUCCUUAUAACCGUACCUUUACUGAGGGCUUCUGAUGUUACACAAUGGUGUGAUUUCACAUUUUUUUUUCACAUUGUAUCUAAAUGCAUAAUCAGUGAAAAAUCUCCUAAAAUGUUAUAAAUUGCAUAAUCUGGACAAAGACAAAUAAGUGCUAAUUUAAGGGUAUAUUUAAUCCUUUAAGGUCCAGUACAGCAAAAUUCAUGUUCUUCACACUGUUCUUCAUAUAUUCCUUAUGUUACUGCUUGAGAGAAAUUGUUCAAACAUUUCAAGAUAUUUCUUCUUUGGUCUCAAAAUAAUGGUUGGACAAUGGACAUUGUCCGGUUUUGAGAUGACCAUUUGUCUGGACAAAAUUUCAGUUGGCCAGUGAUUUUGACUGGUCAAGUGUAUGGCCUUCAAAUAAAUAACUGGAAAAAUAUAUUCAUUCACAUUAAUUUUUGUAAACAACAAACACAGUUUAAAUCCUAAAAUAUUUACUUAUAGAAUGUGUUUCAGUUUUUAUUCAUUUUGUCAUGGUUUUAGAAGGUAAAAGUAUUUUUGUUAUCUUGACUAGCUUUUGCAGGAGCUGUGUUUGACAUACAGGCUAGACAUUCCUGGUCAUGUGAGAUCCUCACAGUUAGGCAUUCUUGAAGGUAGGUGAUAUUCUGUACAAAAAGACUAAUCUAAACAGUUUUAACUCAAGCAUGAAAUAUUAAAUUUCUUUUACCUAGACUAUACACUAGGCCUGAGUUGUUCAAAAGCAAAAGUGAUAUCUGCUGGAUAAAUCACUAUCCAGCAGAUAAGUGUUAGGGAGACCAGUUGCACUAUCCAGUGGAUAGUGAUUCAGCUAAUAGCAUUAUCCACCUUUUGAACAUCUUGAAAAAAUUGUAAUAUGUUUUUUUGUAAAUUGUAAUUUGUUUAUGUAUGGAAUGACAAAUGAGUUGACAACCCGCAUGAGGUUGGUACCUGGUGGUGUAAACGUUAAUUUGAAGGCUAGCUUAGCCAGCACAUAAAAUUAUCCUCACAAAGCCUUUGUACAGUAACCCAGGGUUGUCAUUAAGAGGCAGUGGCCGGGGAUUUCCCCCGGCUACUAUGAACGUCUUCCCUGGCUACUUUCAAAGGAAAAUAAAAGAAAAAUAGAACCAAAAGAAGUUCCUAGCUGUUUGAUUCCCGCCUUCUUGUUGUAUUUACCCAGCAACUUGAUAUCUUAGUGACAACCCUGUAACACCCCUCCCCACCCCAGUGAUGAUAAAUUGUCACACAAAAAAGAAUGCAAUUAACUCAAUAAAGAUGGAAGGCAAACCUUGAUUCAGUAUCAAUACAAGGAAUUUAACAGCAGAAUGCUCAGUGUUAUGUAGAUCAUAAUAACAUGUCACACAUCACAGCUAGCUACGUAGCAGACCUCAUACUGAUAACUGUUUACCAUCUGUUACAAGUGUAUAUAAUAUUUUUUGGGACAUCCUACAGUGUGCAGUCAACUCUUGCCUUGCAGACUCCCCACUAUAAGGGUAUAACCCUGAUAACUUAUAAUGUUCUGCUAAAUCCCAGGUGAAAAUGAAUUAUGGAUGUUUGACUGAAAUAAACUUCCUCUGUCAUGGACUCUUGCUAAAGAGGACACUAACUCAAGGCCCCUACAGUGUCCACUAUAAAGGGAGUUGACUCUAUGUGUAGGUAGCAAAGGUUUACACUCAUUGCAAAAAUUGUACAUAACUGUAAUGUACAUGUAAAUAAGCAAAACUUACGAUAGCAAUCUGUAAUGUUGUUCUAUAUUUAGAAAUUAAUGGCAACACCAAUCUAGCCAAGAGGCCACACACUCAGUCUUGUUAUUACAUCUGCCAAGACUGUCUGGUGCACCUGGGGGAUAUUGGUAAGCCUAAUAUAAAGUGUACACUAUUAUUUAUAGUAUUAUUGUUGUACAUUGUACUCACUAUCUGUCUUCUCAUUGGCUAAGAGCCUAUACAGUUUUUUUUGGAAAUUCUAUCAUGCAACCUACAUAAAUCUGCUGGCAGAUUCUGUAACUAACUAAUCUGUAGGUUGUCUGUACAUGAUUUGUUCAUGAUUUCCAAGAAACAUGUCUAUUCUUUAUGGAAAAUAUUGUAAACUGUGUUCCAUGUGAUGGUAUGUUUGUCGUUAUUUUCUUCGAAACAAUGUAUAAUAAAACAAUAUUAUUAAAUUUGGUUUUGUGGUAUCCGGAAUAAUCAAUGUCUUGGUAGGUGUUAUCACACUUGGCAUACAGCCUUGGUUAAUAACACUUACCUCACCCUUGGUCAUUGCAGAUAUCACAAAACUCUCAUCCAAUAAUUGUUUACAAAUUGAAAAUAUGAUUAUAACCAGAAUUUGUUUGUGGCACAGCCCUGUAAAAAUUGUGAACCUGAGAAGUUUAAUCAGGAUCAUGACAUGGUCAGCUGAUCACUGCACACACUUUCACUGGGUACCCAUUGAACAUACAAUAAUAUUGCACAGGCACAAGUUAAGUGAAGUAUGCGUCGUAUGUCCUUUCCCAGGUUUGAUCUAGCUUUGAACCAAGUUUGAAUCAGAAUUUCUUUUGUCUCCUGGCCCUGAUUAUUCAGAGGAGACAAGGGACAUAGUGGUUUAACCUGAGAAUGGAUUUUAUCUACAACUUAUCCCCGAUAACCUUGUAAACUCUCACUACACUUGUCUAAGUUAUUUGCUAUCAAUAUAGACUGUUAUGCAGUGGGAAAUAGGUGCACUUUCUUUCAGUUAAUCUAAUUGUAAAAAUCAUAUUUAAUCAAAUUAUGUUUUGCUUUUCUAAAGCUGAGGGGUGGCAGAAUUAAUAAUACCAUUAGUAAGUGAUUUUAAAAAGUGUACAAUGUUUAGUAAUACCCCACCAAAACACUGCAUAAGUGAAGCACUUUUUUCGUUUUCUUUUUCACAACAAUUUUACCACCUUAAACAGCUUUUAGGGACUUAAUAAAUGUGAUGAUUGUGAUAAUGAUGAUGAUGAGGAUGGCUCUGAUGAUGAUUAUAAUGAGUUAAUAUGAGAAAGAGCAAUGACUCUGUACCUUUUUUCUAUUGUAGCUCGGUAUUGUGAUGACCAGGACCAAGCUGAAGUGUUUUACCAUCAUGCUCUUGUUUUAGUUCCUUCAAAUGGUAUGAAUGCAUGAGGGAAAAAUAUUCUAUUCUCUUUGGCCAACACUGGUUUAUGGUGACCGUUGCUCUUAUAGACUUGCUUAAGCUUGAUAUCAAAGAAAUUACGAUGAAAAAUGCAUGACACAUAGAAGACCAUGUGAGGUCUGACAAUAGUAUAUUAACGACUUUAUUGAGUAUCUCAAGUUACCAUUGUUAAGCAACAGAACAAACCUUUUGUUGUUGUUCUGCCAUAAUUUAUUUUUUUUGCAUUGUUGGGUAACAGAUGGACAGAAGCCUGUCAAUCAUUUUAAAAGAGUCUUUUAAGCAUUCUCCCAACACCCUCAGCGGAUUUGUUAUACCCUCAUUAAAAGUGUAAAAAAUACUUAAUUUAAGGAAACAAUUAUGGGUGUGGGCACCUCUAUUAUUAAUUGGGAACUGAUACAUUGUUACUGUACACACAAAAAAAAGUCACUAGGAUUUACAUCAGGGGAGUGUUCCGCUGAUAUUGUUUUGAAUAGUACCACUAUAAUACUGGUUAAGUGUAUUUUAUUAGUGGUAGGUUAGGGGAGGUAAAACCAAAAAGUUAGCCCUAGAGCAAGCUCUCCAUUCCAAGUAGCGAACAAAGAGAGAACAUGCCAGCGAACGGCAGAGCCCUAGUGUCUCUGCACCUAUGCGUGACUUCUCACAAUACCUCUGUAAUGGGAGCUUUCUUUCAGGCUACCAUAAAACGUUCUAUGGAUGCGUCAUCAUUACAAACACAUUGCUUUUUGCCUUACAACAGGUCAGCCAUACAACCAGUUGGCAAUUUUAGCAAGUGGAAAAGGGGAUGAGUUGGCAACAGUGUACUACUAUUGCAGGAGGUGUGUUAAAAUAAUAAUUAAGGACACUGUAAAUUGCAAAAAAAUAUUGCAAAAAAUACAACUUGUAACUUGCUUACACACGAAGACUAGCAACAAACUCAUCCCGCAUAUGGCGUCGACCCCGGGACUCGAACUCGGCCACACUGGUGGGAGGCGCUUACUCUAAGCACUGCACCAUCCUUGCUCGCCACACCUAUUUCUACGUCUCUUACUGGAGACAGAACCGCCAUUUUACAGGUUCAUCCAAGUCACACGAUGGUCUAGCCGUGCGCGAGGAAAAGGCAGUACCUUCUUUUUUCAGACAUAAUAAGAUGAUUAAGUAUUUGUGCGUUCGCUGGAACCGGAUCCAAAGCACAUCGCUUUGCAGUCAAGCGUUCUACCACCGACCGAGCUAGGCCGGAGAAAAACGCAAGACAAAGUAUGUGAGGUUGACCAGGGAAAUUCUAUUGGAAAUGUUGUUCUUGCACGAAAACCUUUUACACUGAAAUGAAGUUUAGUAAAUGCCUAGCGUACGAAAAAUCGGGGGAAGAAAAGUGAAAGGAGGGGAGGAGAGCAGUUCGAAAUUUUGCGUUUUAUACAUGCCCGAACCUUGAAAGCUGUAAAUUAGUGCUUGACAUGUCACAGACAGAGAGCCUAGAGCCCGACUUGUGAACAACGAUUUAGGCAGGGCUGGUUCUUUUUUAACGGGUAUUAACCAGAAAACGAUCGACUAGCUUAAAAGGGUGUUUUUCGACAAAAUUUCUAAGGGCGGCUGGGUUAAUUGUAAGCGUAAGUUAUACUUUGUAUUGAGCUUUCCCUCUUGUUUUUGUUUUUACUAUUUUUCAUGUUUUAUUAGCAUUGCUGUUAAAAAUCCAUUCCCAGCUGCUUCAACCAACCUCCACAAAACACUCACCAAAGUUGUUUCCAGACAUAAUACAAGGUAUGAAGCAUGUUAAUUUUUACAAACACACGCGCCUACGAUAUUUUCGGUCAAUGGCCGUAUUCACACCAGAGACGCUAGAGUUAUCCGUUGAAUAAUUCACGUCAGAGAGAUAAAACGUCUUAAGUUGAAAAUGGAACGGUCUUAAUUUUGGAUGGACAAUCCGCCUGACUUUAUCCAUCUGUUUUUCCGACGAUGUUAGUGUGAAAACGGCCAUUACUUUCAUUUUGAUGCGUUUUCUACCGUCCGCACUUGAAUAAGAUAUGUAUGCGUUUUUGUUUUGAUCCACUUUCAAGAGCUCAGCGUAUUAGUGUGGACGGAAGGCAGAAACGCAUCAAAAUGUAUGCGGCGUUUUCAAACGAAAAUGGGCUAGUGCGGAGAAGACCUAAGUCGGCUGCUUACGAACAAGUUUGAUCGUAUUUGCUCUUUUUUCUUCAUUUCGAUGAUGUUGAUAAUACCUCAACUUAAAAACAGCAGAAGUUAUUGACCGAAAAAUGUUCCUUUUUUUUAUUCCAGGGACACAGCUUUAGAAAUAUCCAUGGCAGAGUUUGGCCACAUUUUUCUUCAGUUCCAUGGUCAUGUGUAUCUCGUCCAAGGUAUUUAUUAAGUUAUUUUAGUAUACUGGAAGGAAUGUCUUGAGAAUUAAACAUUUUAUCAGCUGUCGACUCAUACCUGCCUCAGCUGAAAAUCGAAAUUGUGGUGUUUUAUAGAUCUAUUCAAGGGAGAAAGUAAACGGCUUAAGCUGAAGGGAGGGUGUUAAGAUCACAGUGCUCUUAAAUAUUUAGGCUGCAUGCGAGCAGUGCUUUUUUUAAACUUCUGCAUCAAUAAGCAUAUAUUUUGGACAAAUAUACAAUUUAGUACAAAAAGGCUUAUGGCUCGUGGCUUCGUGGCCUACCAGUGGUCCCUUGAUUUCCUCUCGGUGGUAAUAGGGCGAGCGAAAAAAGGGCUCGAAGAGAGGGGCCACGCAGAGGAAAGAGAGAAAUAGUCUCUCUCAUUUUAUCCAAUUCCCUCUGCUUGACGCCGCUACUCUAACGCGGUCCGGAUGGUGGUUUUCAUGCACGCUCGCGUAUGUCACUCUCACUUCGAACUCAGAGGAAAAUAAGAGGUCACUUGUAUUGUAGCCGCUAGCCUGCUAGCAAGCUCUCCUUUUAUGAGCAAAGCGUGUCGCGAGAAAACGCGUCUCCUUUCGCGUGCUGCUCUCGCGUGACUUCUCGCGACUCCUCUGAAUGGAGAGCUUGCUCGCAGGCAAUAUAGCCGCUUGAUCUUUCCCACUCGCAAAUUGAAUUUCCCCUUUUAAGGCUAUUAGGUAAAGAAAGCAAGUGCCCAUAGUUUUUAACAUAUAAUGUUCAUUUUUGCCCAACUCUGUUUUGAUAAAUACAUGUAUGGAAAUGUUUGAAUUGUUUACUAUUUUAAAACAGAUCUUGAUCAAGCGAGAACUCUUAAAGACCGCAUAAUAGCUGCAUUCAAAGUGAGUAUUUUUUGGUCACCAGUAAACUUAGAUAAUUUUUGAUCACAGCCCGAAUGAGGAAACCACAUCUUUUUACUAUCGGUAAAUUAAUGAACUUGUUUGGAUUAAUUUGUUCAUAUUAAUUUUACUUCUGCUUUAACAGGGAAUUUUAAAGAAGAACAAAUUCACUUCGCAGUUGCUUAAUAAACUGGUAGCCAUUACUCUGUUUGUUCUGUGGAACAUACGGACAGGUGGAUCAGCGGAUGAUCUGGAGGAGUUUGAUUGUAUUGGCAAAGAUGAAGAGGUAAAUUAUCACUGAUCGAAGGGAGAAAGAUAUUCUAUAAUCCUGUUCACAUGCAUCUGAUCAAGGUGCAAGGAUUGGUGCAGUUGGUAAAAAGGUAAAGCCACGAUAUUUUACGUUGAUAACUCGCGACUGCAAUUCAACUGAUAAACCUGAGGUCGACAGUGCGCUAUUUUAGCCCCCUCUCUCCAUCAAUGCUCCGUUUUUAAGGGUAUUAAUGCUAGUUAAGGUUACACAGACAGGAGAGAACUCGAAACAAAGAUAUGAUGUCACCGGGGAUCGAACUCGGGACCUCUCGCACCGAAGGCCGCGCACUGACCAACUGUGCGGUUGGUGGGCGGCCUUUUGUUCGAAGGUUUCGAGUUUGAUUCCCAGGUGUGACCUCAAAGCCUUGUUUCGACUUCUUUCCUUUCCGUGAAGCUUUGAGUAGUUUUAAAUACCUGUAAAACGGAGAACUAAUGUAGAGGAUGGGGUAGUGGGGACGGGCGAGUAGAAUGAGCGCAGCGUCCGUCUCAGGUUUGUCAGCCAAAGGCUGACUUUUACCGGUUAGCAACGUAAAAUAAGGUGCUUUACUUUCGUUUAUCUUUUAAGACCUUGUCGCAGAUAAGAUACCUGUAUCAUUGGCUGGUGACGUUGUGCUGAAACAGGGGAGUCGGCUCUUGGCAAAAAGACCACUCUUUUUUUUCUCCAAUGAACUAUCUAUCCAAUUCGAAGGGGACCUGACCGUUCACAUCCCAUAGUAUGUUCAGCCUUUCAUGUGUUGUUUGGGGUAUGGACUGCUAUGGGUGCAAAGUAACUUGCCCAAACGGUUGCAGUACAGGUACAUGCAAAUAUGAUAAAAACAAAAACAAAAAAUGAUACUAUUCCCUGGGUUGGACAGCCUGACUAAUGUUUGGCCAACGUCUUCUUUGUGUAAUUCUUAAUUUGUGUCUUAUUUUUAUCUUAAUGCAGGAAUGCUGGCAGCUGACUCUAGAGUUUACAGGUGAGCUCUUGUUUGAUGGAUUUUUUAAAAAGGGUUGAAAACUUGACAUUGCUAGAGGGAGCUUAUGCAAAUACAUGAGGCCUUUUCCCUUUUAAUAUGCCUUGACGUUACCAAAUGUGUAUAAUCAAGGGUCUUUACUCUUCAAGUUCUCAUAGGGACGAUUUGCCUGAAAAUUUGGGCAUAAAAAGUCUACUUCCAGUUGACGCGCAUCGCUCAAAAACAUCUUCGCCUGAGCUCCCUACUUUAAUGUCAGAUAAGUAAACAGAACUCAAAGUGCUUCAAGAAAUGCGGGAAAAUGUUAAUUCCCACCAGAGCCCUUCGUCUUGAGGUGAUAGGGAGCAAGAGUGUGCAAAAAAAAUCUUAUAAGGCGCAAAUAUCUAUAUAAAUAUAUUCAAAUUUGCCCUAGAUAUUAAAGCGCCGGUGCCGUUUCCUAGGGAAGUUAGGAGGGUUGUUGUUGUUAAAAUUAGAGCAAUUCACGAAAGGAAAGAAACACAUCAAUUGGAGGCUUAAUAUUAACUGAUAUCUGCACGUGUCCAGACAAUUGCCUAUUGGGCCAUUGGAGUGGCAAACUAGGCUGUUUCCUCCCGAGUGUUGCAGUCGGCCUUCUCUCUUGAAAUCAGUCGAGCUCUUAUUCCGGCGAGCACGUUUGCAAAACAACGAAGUAUAAAAUAAAUGGGAUUGGGGCGAGACAAGGAAAGAUUUUCGGGGGCUUAGGCUCUUGUUUUUCGCAGCUUACAACUUCGCCUCUCCCGUGUAUCUUUCACACGUGCUUCCCAGGAAAUUUUGAGAAGGAAAAAGGAGAUUACUCGCAGUCCAAGCACUUCAGCUCACAUAUCCCUAUCUUGGCUUUUUCUUUAAGUGGAGUUAUUCGAUGCACUUGUGUUGUAUGCUUGUGAGACUGGACCACCGGCUUCAAGUACUGAGCAACAGCAAUCUAUGGCAGAAAGCUGUGAUGUGCUCCCAUCUGUGAAUCUCUUGUGUCAGUGGAUGGCCGGUUCAUCACCAAACAUCUGGAAUGGAGACAUUCUCAAAAGAACAAAGUGAGUACGUCUGUUAUACAGAUUUAGCCAAGGCUAAAAGCGAAGUGUCUAUUUAUAUACAUUUUAUUACUGAAAACCAAGCGGGGAGGGGAGGAGACUAGGUUGUUCCUGGAGUGUGACCAAAAGCGGGACCAGGCAAAAAGCAGAGCUUUAGAAAUGUAUUUGAGAAUUUCGCCGUAAGUCGAACACAAGAAGCUUAAAUCUAAAUUUUUUCUCGAGCAACUCCGUUACCCAUAGAAUAGUUAAUUUUGCUCCAAAAACUAAACGCUACGUACAUGUCUGGGACUCCCUUCCCUACCCUACUGAUUUUUUUACUCCUACUCCCAGAGUCUAUACGUGCGGGCUUUCUUACACUGACGUCAUAGUCAAUAGGUUCCAUUCUCUAUGGGUAUGGGGCUCCGCUGCGAUUAUUACAUACUUAUCUUUUUUAACUUAGAUGUUUAACACUUUUGUCAAAUAGGCCAUAUGCGAGUUGCACCGUCCAAGCCUCUGUUUUAAAAUGAGGAUAAGUGCCAAGCUAUUGAUAUGGCAAUAAUUUUUUAUUCUCAUGCAAAUAAAACUCAUUUUCAAGGGAAAGAUUUUGACUAUGGGACAGUUUUGGGGACGCUAUUUGUUUCUUUUAUUUAUUAUAGCUCUCAGUUAGUAUGCACUCUGUGAUUGGUCGGUUUAGCGGGUCGUAUUUCACUGUACGGAUCCUUAUAUUGUGUGUAUUUCAAUUCGUGACAGAAUGAACAUUUCAACGCUUUUCGUUGAAAUAUUAAAUCCAGAGAAAAUAAUAAAUAUCUUACUAACCUCGUUUUCUCGAUCCGUACUGUAAGUUAAUUAGAGCUAUUUUUUGACUCGUAGGAGACUGGGUAAAAUUUCGCCUCACAAAACGAUCCCGUAGUGCAGUAGGCCAUUUGCAGAAUGGCGUCAUGUUACUACUAGGACCAGAAUCCCUUACGUUUUUCCUUUCAUUUUUAAAUUUGGUAAUCCCAGCGAGGAUUAAAUAACAAAAGCCCUCAUUUGCACAAGAAAGCAAAACCCUGAAGGAUUCUGGUUGUAGUAGUAAAAUGACGCCAUCGUGCAAGUGGCCUAUUCGCAAUGGCCAAUACAAAUUGCAAGAAAACUUGUCAAGUGUAGCGCUAUUAAAAUGAAGGGUCUUGUUAGUGUUUAAGUGUAGGUAUUGUUUUACUAUCCUUACACUAAAAGCCACUUUGAAUACAGAGAAGAUCGUCACAGUUAAAUACAGAAUUUAUGCAGUUGCGAAAAGAAAGCCUGAAAACUCAGGCUUGUACGGGAUUCGAACUUAGACUUCUGCUAUACCGGUGCAGGGCUCUAACCAAUUGAACUAGUACUGAAGCCAACGGUUUGCUGGUCAUUAAAUUAGUUCGCAAUAUACCCGUUAAAGAUGAAGCCGAAAUGGUGAAUAUAUGUAAAUGCAAAGACGAUCACGACAGGCUAACAGACUAUUUUUUUUGCAACAGCAUAAGUUGCGUAUUUAACCAUGACGAGCUUCAGUCUCUGUAUUUAUUUCUUCAUCCUGCAGUUCAAAUAUAUGAAAUUCAUAUAUUCAUCAUUUCACUAAAAGCCGCAUUAUUAAAAUAAAGUAGCGGGUUUAUCAUUUGACUUCUUAGGAUUUGGGAAAAUUUUGCUGCUCUACUGAAUCUUCUUCAAGUGACGCAUUCUCCUCUGCCUGAGAGAACUGGUAAGAACUAAAAAAACAAAAAAAACAAAAAGGAAACUCUUUUGUCUUAACUCGAACUAGCUGUUGCUGUAUUACUCAUCGUGUUCUCUUCCCAGUAUGAUUCUUUAACGAUUUCAUUACAUACUAUGGGAGUCGAUAGAAAUUUCUUGAACAAACGAAGAAAAAUCGGUUUCUUAAUUUGUGCUCCAAAGUGCAGGCUUUUACUGCGAAGGUCUCUUGGUUACUGAUCAUAGGGGAAGCUAAGAUAUGAAAUACUGUACUUUCAAAAUUGAAUCCCAAUAGGCUGCUUAAUUAAUCGAAGAUUUUUUUAUACCGAAAUCGUAAACACGAAACGCUCCAAAGAACAGUGGGACGUUCUCAACUGAAAGAAGCUCUAUCGUUUCGUUUUCUUUUGCAUGGGUAGUUUUGAGUUCUUUUUCUUUUUUAAAAGAGGAAGAUUUUUUGUGUUUUCUUGUUUGCAAGUGGUUAAACAAGCUCUAUUUUCGUCAUGGUUAAAGGUUAGGGUUAGGGUCAAGCCUCAAAUCCGAUUCAUGAUUUUCCCGGCUACGUUAGACUUAAUUAACUUAAGUAACAAUAACUUCGCAUCUUCAUUAUUUUAGGGUGUUAAAGAACUUAGUGUCUUUAUUGAUCUGAUCACCGACAAUUUUAUGUAAUAGAUAUUCCCCUUCAUGAAGACUGGGAGCUUCAAAGUUUUCUGCCUCUUAGAGUCAGCCAGAGGUAUGUGAGGCUGAGACAACUGAGCUUGAUGCUGUUUGUUUGAUUUAUCUACUGAUUUUUCAUAGACGUUCUCCUUGUGCCGUGAAGACUUUUCAUGCGCGUUUACCGAUUUCGGUCACUACGACGGCGACGGCUAACUACCCAGCGCACACGAGAAGAAGACCUCUGGUGACCUGGGUACCUUGCGACGUCGUGGUGGUUGUCAAAUCUCUCUAUUGCGUAAUUUCUGUUGUUUUCUGUUGUUUUUACAGGAAGCUUACGUAUAGCAUGAAGAGGACUCGGCCCGAUGAUGAAUCUGCCCACAGAGUUAGCAGGCUUGUUAGGUUUGGAAAUCGUCUGGCGAACAACGCUCCUUGGUAAGCUAAGUUUCCUCAGAUAAGAAAUUAAAAGAUCGAAAUUCUCUAGUCAUACUAGGGCCAUUUUUAUAGGGGCGAGGUAAAGACGCGUCUUACUUUUAAGGGUAAAAUAUAAAUUGAAAAACUUGCUCGUGAGCAGAGAGUGGUUGUCGACGGAAAGGCAAGCCGAAUAAAACGUCUGAAGGAUAAACGGUAGUCUGUCCUCCAGAUGUUUUCCCUUCUUAUUCCUUUCGAGGAAUUCGAGCUGCGCGCUUGCGAGCUCCUGAAGCACGCGAAGAAGACGAUAAUUCUCCUGCAGACUACGUGAACGAUUAUAUUGUUAUUGUUAUUUCUUUUUUGUGGGGGGCGGCUGAAAUAGUAAUUAAAGACAAAGUUUUUACUUCCUCUUUUGGAGACAGGACCGCUAUUCUGCAAGGCCAGCCCAGCCACUCGAAACUCUAGCCGUUUCAAAUGCAAAGGCGGUGCCUUCCUCAUCAGCGCGCGAGAAGAAUGGGGUCCCAUUCUUCUUCUUCCCUCCUGAACUGACACAAGUGAGACUGCCUGCUCGUACUCUGUAUUCGUUGUUCCAAGCUACUGAACUCAGUGACCUUGCUGCGGUUCCACGAACUGGAUACCAUCCUUGUGACUAAAUUGUCGUUUUCAUUUUCAGUAUCUUGGCUAAAGUGGAAGAUCUUGCAACUGGUCUGUCAAACUUUUCUUUGAAGAUAAACACUUCCUCGCCCAUUGAAGAGGUAAUUUCGUAAUUUCGUUACCCGUUAUCUCGCAUCUUUUCUUCUCAAGGUUAAAAAAAUAAGUGUAUAGUAAUUAUUUUCGCAGUAAUGUUAGUUACCAAAGAAAUAACGUUUUUCAAGGCGUGAACGGGAUUUGAACGAAAACCCUGUCGAAAACCCAGGCCAUUUUUGGACAUUCUGACUUCCUAGCAACGAUCACUUGAGUUCAUUUCUUUCGUUCUCCUAUAUGGUAUGAUAUCAUAGUUUGUUCUUGUUCUGCUUUGUUUGUUUGGUUUUCAUGGCUACAGUAUAAUGCAGUGACCUUUCCACGCUGUCAUUUCUUUUUUUACAGUUGUUUGAAUCACCAACCACAGAACCUGUUAGGGUGUCAUGCUACCGUUUUCAAAAAGUGCAUUGCGAAUUUUAUGCUUUUUUUUCUCCGUAGGUCUCAUCUCAGGAGGAGAAGUUUCCCAAGUCACCUCAAGACAUCGAUUUAGAAUCUGCGGGACAAAAGUUACUGGCUUCUUUACCUACUCUGAAUAAGGUAAAGCCAGCGGGGGUGUGUUUGUGUUCCUUUCCAACCCAGGGUGAGCAAGUCCGCCGGACUUGCUUAUCCUGGGUUAGUUUUAUCGCAGAAAAGCUUGUGGGGCCGAGCACUUCAGUUACGGAACAGAAACAUUUUCUUCAAACUGAAAAUAAUAGAGGGUUACAUUUCUAUCAGUCAGGAAUCCUGGGCAAGGUCUCAGAACCUCUAGCCUGGGACCAGGCUUCGCUGUGGGGAAAACAUGGCAAAAAACGGACUGAACAGGCAUGAAAAUUCGGCGAGCCACUCUUUCCCCUUCCCAAAUCACCGCUCGGCUCCCUUCGCUCGCCGAUUUUUUUUCGCUUUUCUCCCCAUCUGUGGAGUCUGGUCCCAGGCUAUGGAACCUCUAACUAUUGGCCUUUCAAAACACGCCUGCUAGUAGUUUUUAGGGCUUGGGACACUCUUGUGUCAUUCAUCUAUUGUCUCGUUUGCAGAUAAGCCAUUUUAAAGUUUUUGCUCAGUACCCUAGCCUUUGAAUAGAAGCGAGGCUGAAGGUGACCUUGUUUUGUUACAAACCUCCUUUUUUCACAUUCACGGAUUGUGAAAUUAUCCCUCUACAAUGUAAAAAGUCUCAUCAAUUUUUUUUGCAGGCUACACCAGUGGGAACCCCAUUUGCUGAAACUAGGUAAGUGCCGCGUAACUUAAGUUAUGCAUCAUUCGCUGAAAGUGCAAAUGGCCUUCUUCUUCGUCAUUGCCAGCUCAAAAUCGGUCAAGCUUGAGAUUUCUCAGUUCUUUUGCAACCUGCAGGGAUCAUGUUAGUAGUUCAUAUUUUUUUCCUGUAGUUUUCUUUUUUAAAUUUGAUUUACUGAAUGUAUGCAUGUUUCAUAAAUUUUUUUAUCAGCAAAUAUGUUGAAUUUUUGAAGUCGAACCCCUACGUUUCUCUGUUGAAGGCGGCUUUCCAAGAGGUGCACCAUCCAGUAAAACAAACAGAUUUUACGUAAAAUUUAAGUUAGCGGCGAGAGGCGGUUUUACCGCUGAUUGGUUGAGCAAGUAGGCCACGUGACAUUUUCUUAUCUAAUAAGAAAGCGUAACAAUGCUACCAGCCCGCCCUUGAAAAUUGUUUGUAUUAACAUGGCGUUUUUGUGAUACACAGCUCCUUGUUCAAGGGUCCCUUAGAUGUUGGUCAUACCCAAGUAGGACAAGUUCCACCCUCCCCCUCCACUGUAGCUCAGUAUUCAUUGUUCCAAUCAGGAUGGAAUGUUUCCUUGACUUCUGCAGCUCUUGCCAAUCCAGGUACACUUCACCUUCCUAGGAGUUACUUAUGCGGAGAUUCGAGGCGAAGUGGCUGGGAAUGACUCCUUCAUUAGGGAUAAAUUUUUUCGCGGUGUCGCAUGCCUGACAGAGCAUCAGGGCAGGGGGAAGGGGUUGCUAGCGGUACCCCAAGGAUUUUAUGCAGAGGAAACCGGGUUAUACUCCCGAUUCCAAUACUGCCGUGUGAGACUUCCUCUUUAAUAGGCCAUUUCCGAGUUCUAAGAACUCUCACUUGCAAAACGAGGCUUAGUGCAGAAAUGAGUUUUAUUUGCAUGAGAUUCAUAUCAAUGGCUUCGCAUUUAGCCUCGCUUUAGAGCAGAGGCUUGAGGCAGAUGUCCAUCAGGCUUAAGGCAACUGGAAAAUGACCUACGGCCUUCACUUUGCUUGCUAAUAGCACAGUAUCAUCUCUGGACAGAUUGUCGUUCUUUGGUCUAAUCUUCUAAGCGAUCUCAGUUAACUUAGGCACUUACAAAGUAGUUGUCUUACAUGUACAAACUGUCCUUUGAGAGAUAAAUGAAAGCAAUUAGGAAGCGGUAAGCUAGCUAAGGGUGAAACACUUUAUUGCCGUUAUGAGUUCGUCCAGAAGUAACGUGCGUAAUUCGCGCCAAUUAUCUUUUCGAGCCUCCUAAAUAUAAGCUCUAUAAGCAACACGAACAGACAGUUAUUAUUUUUCGUGUUUUAGAUGGCAAGAAUCGUAAGAUUUUGCCAAGAUGGUAAAAUUAAUCUUUUUUCCCUAUAAUAUUUAGAAAAUUCAUCGGCAAGACCCGUUGGUAAGCCACCAAAUCACCGUGCGACCCCCACCGAUCAUUUGGCGAGUCCAGGAAGUAGCUCUGUGUUUCCACCUACCCUACCCUCCCCAACUGUGGAGAACCGCAGACCCACCAGCUUUGGAACCAGUUUCCCCGCAGCUGGAAUGCAGCCCAACUAUCAUUCUCCGUCCCAGUCUCCAUUUGGUGGCUUUGGGUUCAAUGGUGGUUGGGGUGGUUCAGGGGUCUGGGCUCCCAAUUCGUCAACUCCAAGCGGUAGUGGAGGAACAAGUCCUGCUGGGAAUCACGGUCUACAGGUAACAAGGGAAUGGGAACAAGCUUUCAGCGCAACGAUUUCUGGGUUCGUUUGGGUGGCUAAGCAUUGGUUAUGAUUAGUUGAUGGUAGUCAAGGCAACCGUUAAACUAUCGUAAUAACGCUUGUCCUCCCAGACGAUCCCAGAAAUCAUUGCGCCGAAAGCUGGUACCUUUUUCCCUCAUAGUUUCUGGAAAGGGGAAUUCUAUCCGUAUUUUUACUUCUCUAAACUUUCCGUGGAUCUCUACUUGCUUCAAGAGAGUUAUUCUCCAAGGGAGGGGGAUGACUGCACUCUCACAUUUAUGCGUUUAUGAUCACGCCCGAAGUCAAGAUAGCUUGAUAUUGGCCACGUUCUUUUUUGCUCUUUUAUGGUCCGAGACGAAGUCGAGAUCAAAGCCAUCUUGACCGAACAAGCUGGUUAAUGAAGGAUUGAUUAGAUGGCGAAAAAGAGCUAACUAAUCCCCAGUCAUCUCCAAGUUGUUUCUACUCAUUAAUUAUUUACUAAGGAAGCGCUUGGGUUAUGCGCGCUGGGAAGAAAGAGCCCGUUCUAGUCUUCCACGCCAAAUACUAGUAAUGAGAGACGACUGAGGACGAGUCAGCAAAAAGAGAACUUGUUUUUGUCGGACCAACGCGGGAAAUCCUAGCCUGGGACCAGGUUCACAGAGAGGGAAAAAACAAAUUGGCGAGCGACGCGAGCGGAGAGGAAGUCUGGGGAGGGAAAAGGGCGGUUCCCCCUCCCCAGUCCACCGCUCGACUCGCUUCGCGCGUCCAUCUUUAUUUUUGCUGUUUCACUCCGUUUUUGCCUUUUUCUCCUCGUACGGGUAAUAUGGGCCAAUCUUGCCCGCUCAGGUAGCCAUCUGAACACAGCUAUGUGAUCCACAUUAAGCAGUUCAGUUUGGGACAGGGUAAAUAUACUGCUGAAUUUGGGUCUAGAAUAGAGUAGACUUUCGCAGAAAAAUGACCAAACUGUGCCAUUCAUGGUUCAAUUGCGGAGUUGUUAACGUGGUCGUAAUCAAAGUGGACUCAGUUCCGCCAAUGUGAAUGCAUGCAGAUCGAAGCCAAGUUGAAUUAUUCAUUUGUUCUUUAUUAAUGUGUCCCUGGCUUAUUUCAAAAUAGUUAAUGACGGUAUUUGGUUUUGGGUUGCAGUCCAUCUGGGGAUCAGACUUCGCGGCAUCUCCAUCCGAGGGUAUGUCACCUCUGCAGCAACUGCUACAAGAGCAGAAAAAACACCAACAGAAGGAUACUUGAUAAACACAGCUGAUCAAUCUGGCAAGAAAAGCUGCUGAUAACUUCACUUUCCCUCGCAACAUGAUGUUGAGGACCUUAUCACGCAAGGGCUUACAACACCCCAACUCAACGGCAAAUUCACUGGUUUUGCUAGUUCUAGGCCAUUAGCCGCCUUGCGAAUGUAAGAAAGACAAGAAUGCUUUUAUUUGCACCGGCGUCCGGUGCUGGGAAUCUAGUGGGCCCUGUAGACUACCUUUUCAGUCCAUGCCUUUUGUAGUGUUUGGCACAGAUGACUAGAAGACACCCUAGCCGAGAGGAGCAUUUUUCGUCAAGUUACACCGAAGUCUUAUAUAAUGACCACGGUAUCGUUGUCUCCACGCAGAAAGCUUCACAAACAAGAGAAAUGUUGAGGAGACGAAUUCUUUUGACAUUUUCUUUGUUAAAAGACCACGUAAUCACCGGGUUCUUAGCAAAUAUAUUGUCAAAGUUUCUUAAGCUUGAUAUGAGGCUUGUAUUAGUUUGUUAUCACAUUUAACAUAUAAAUUAUCAAUAACGUUUAACUUAAGCGCGAACUUUGAUUAACAGAACACAGGUUUCCAUCUGGAAAAUUCCAUUUUUCAUUGGGCCAUUCAUUAUUAACUUCAAGAAAUAUUUCUUUACGGCAAGGCGUUUUUACGACAGAGCUGAGGAUCAUUAGAUUAUUUCUAGAUUUAUUUAAAGCACAAGAACGUCUUUAUUUUGAAGACCGUGUCUUGCUUUAUUUGAGAUAUUAGGGCCAUUUAUACGAGGAAAAAUAAGACGCGUCUUACAUAAGACGCGUCUUAGAUAAGACGCGAACUGUACCAUUUAUACGAGCAUGUCUUAUCUAAGACGACAACAGCUCGUAUAAAUGGUUCGCGUCUUAUUUCUGUUCUUGACUCCUUUUCAUGUGAAUGUUGCCCGUAGCAACGGCAAUCCAAGGUGGCGCGCCAAAAAUUAACGCAUGCGUACUAUGCGUUCGCGUCUUAUGUAAGACGCGAAGGUCAUUUACACGAAGUUUUUCUCGUCUUAGCUAAGACGCGUCUUAUCUAAGAACAGGUGUUAAGGUCUGUUCUAAAAUAAGCCGCGUCUUAGCUAAGCCGCGUCUUAUUUUAGACGAAAUGUGCCGUUUAUACGAAAAGUUCGCGUCUUAUUUAAGACGCGUCCUAUGUAAGACGCGUUUUAUUUUUCCUCGUAUAAAUGGCCCUAAUAUUUCAGCUUGCAUUGUUAAACCCUCCCAACAUUUAGGGAACUUUAACGUAUAUCUUAUAUCACAUUUAUUCACGGUGUUU